AUUAUUAUAUUAGUUCAAUACACAUCUGUUAUUAAAUUUCAGAGAUGGAGCCAAAAAAAACAUACAGUAUUAUAAAAGUCUUUUAGCACUCUGUCACAUGAUCCAAAGCCAAAAAGGUAAAAUAAAAGUCACUCAUCACAUACCUUUUUAACCAAACGUUUGUAAUAAUUACCAUUUUCAUUUAUCAAAUUCGCAAACUUUCAGAGUUUUUCUGAAUUCUGUUUGAUUGCGUCAUAGUCCUCUUUAGAAAAUACCUCUGAUUUUAGAUUUUCAGUUCACAAAAAAAUAUCAAAAUCAUUCCUUUAUAGCUUUUCAAAUUGGAUUCUGGUUAAAAAUCUCAAAACUUAAAGACAGAGAGAAAGAGAAAGCGGCCAAAAAGAGGAGUUUUUUUUUUAGUUUUGCGAUGCCUCCGACCAAUGAUAACCGACUCUCCGGCGAGUCACCGUCGACCUCACUGUCGCAUUCUCCGCCAUCGCCAAAGCCGAAAACAAGGAUUCUCUCUAUAUUCCUCGUAGGUGUUAUCAUGAUUUCAAUCUUCUUUCUCUUCCUUCUCCUUCUCGGCAUCGCCUCUGUUCUUCUUCUCCCUCUCCUUAUCUCUUCUCUCCAUCGCCACCUUCGACGUCGCCGUCGUAACCGCCGUCACGAAUCCUCAGAUGGGUUAUCUUCCAGAUUCGUGAAAAAGCUUCCCCAAUUCAAAAUUUCCGAAUCAACCACACGGUACGGAAGCGAUUGCGUGGUUUGCUUUGAUGGAUUCAGACAGGGACAAUGGUGUCGGAAUCUUCCCGGUUGUGGACACGUGUUCCAUCGGAAGUGUGUGGAUACUUGGUUGCUCAAAUCCCCGACUUGCCCAAUUUGCAGAGCUAGGGUUAGAUUGAGAGAGGAAGAUGCACAACAAGGAGAAUUGUGGAGAUGUUUUGGUCACAGAAGUAGAAGAAGUAGUUUGCUAGAUUUCCUGCAACCGAUGGAUCGGUUCUUGAUUGUUCUAAAGGAGUUUGUGGAUAUCUUAAACGAAUCCCGCAAACUCUUUCUCAAGAACAAAAAGUUGAUGUUCUCUGUCUUUGUAUUCCCUCUCUUGCUCCAUGGCUUAGUUUACUUGAUCAACGUCUUUGCCAUCAAACCCGAGAUAACAAACUUUGUCCAUGAAGCAAGCGUGUUACCCAUGAUAGAUCCAAGCAGCCCCGAGUACAUAGCUCAGCUUAUGAGAGUCUUUGAAGAUUUUCGCCAACUUGUCGCUUCUUCAUACAUUUUCUACACAGUCUCCUUCAUCAUCGACCUCUUGUCCCUUCUAGUCAUCGUCCACGCAUCGGCUAUUACUCAAAAAGACGAGAACAUCAAGAUCAGAGAUUUUCCGGUUCUUAGCCUUAAAUCUUGGAAGGGACCUCUUGUGACCUACUUCUACAUUUUCCUCUUCAGUCUUGGAUAUUGGUUCCUCUUCUUUAUAAUGCUUUUUCCUCUCCUUUUGUUCUCCACAAGAAUUACAAGUAUGUAUUCCUUGGCAGCCAAGUUUGGCGCUUUAUGGAUUGUGUUUGUGCUCUUUCAGUCCUAUCUAGCUAUCGUUUGGUUCCUAUCUUUGGUCAUAUCGAUACUUGAGGAAACUUAUGGGAUCCAAGGUUUGGGGAAAGCGGCAAAGAUUGUUAAAGGGAUGAAACCGAAACUGUUCCUCGUGAAUCUUUUCUUGAGUUUAUUGUCCUUCGGUUUAGCUCAGAUGGUGAGGCUUGUCGAUUUGAGAAGCUCGUUUGCUCUUAGCUUAACCAUGAGUUUGGUCCUUGUGACAUCGAUCUUCGCAGUGAGGAUGUUUCAGUUUGUGACUUACACUGUUGCAUAUUACCAAUGUAAGAGCCUCCAAGGCAUAGACGUUGAGUCGCUGAGGGAUGUGGAAUAUACGAAACUAUCUUCCACUGCUCCAAUAAUGGUAUAG